UUGAAGUGAAAACAAACAUGACAUUCAACAUGCAAAUGGCAACCUUAUCAUCACUGGAAAUAUUAUUUAACGUGAUACGAUGCAUUCUUGUCUUUUAUGGAGUAUACUACAUGGUUUCAACAAUCUGCUUUGGUGCUUUCAAACUUCCAGCAUUUGAUCCUAAAUCACCAUUUGAUUUUCAAACAUGGAUACAGUUAGAAAAGUGUUGUGCCUUUUAUACAAAAAGGGAGAUGGCAAAUUUCAUUUCAAUGGAAGCUACCUUCUUUAUCUCUACAUUUGGUUAUGCUAUAUUUAUACACAGUAGGAUGUGGGAUUAUGCAUUGACAACACUGGUGCUACAUUUUGAAUUAAGUUGUCUAGUUAUGUUGAACUUUCCUUUAAACUGGUCCUGGUGGGUUUGCAUAGUUAGUGGAGCCCUUCUCAUGACCUGUUUUGGAGAAAUGAUCUGUUACUGCCGAAGACACCGGGAGCAGAAUAAAGUUUCCCCUCAGUAGCAGUUAAGACAGACACCCUUAGCAAUUCUGUGCCCAAGUAAAAUCUCUUCAAAGGUCAUUGAUAUUGAGUGUAUUUUGUCAUUUGUGAUAGGGGUACAUUUUUAUUGAUUAAUCAAAUAUGAGCCAUGGUAAACAGAAACUUAGUAAAACCAUUUGACUGUCAUCAACUAGCUGUCAAGUAGUGCUUUUUUGCCAAGCUAUUUAAGAAAACCAAGGUGAAAACUGCAUAACUUUAUUUACUUUGGAAGUGGGAUUGUGGUGCCAUAACAUUUAAUAGAAAAACCCUUUGUUUCUGUGUAAUUUACAAUCUCCUCUACUGUUUCCAUGGUAUGCCUUAAACUGUAGAACACAUGCACUUCUUGUGAUUUGUGCCAAGGAAUUUAUUUACCUAAGAUCUCCAAAAUAAGAUAAUCGUGUGGAUGUGUUAGCUGUGACCAUGUGGAUAAUUAGAACAAACCCAAAUUGUGCUAGAGAAACCAUAGUGCAAUGAUGUCCAAACAAGUAUAAGUGAAGGGAGUGCUUCAGAUUAGUCCUGUUUGCAAUAUAUGAUUUAAUUAUGGCAAAAUACAAUUGUACAUUUUAUGAGGUUGUGUCAGACAGGUUCCAGUUAUAUUUUCUUUGAUUUUAUGGGUUUAAUAUUAGGAUUUGUAAUUAACUUUAAGAUAAUUGGACACAUCUAGGACCCAGUAUAGUAGGAUAGUAGGACACGUUGACAAUAAAUGUUUAAUAUAGAUUUGUAUUAUAGGUUUAGUGAGACCAGUGUUUAUGUGUGCAAACAAUACAAAACCCAUUAUAAUUUUACAAUUUUAUACAUAUUUAUAAACCAUAAAAGCUGGAAAAAGAUAGAUACUGAAUUUAAGUUCAUUAUAAUGUGUCAUUUAAAAUCAUUAUUUUUUCAAAAUCAUUUUCAUUUGUAAAUUAAAGUUUUCUUAUUUUUUGAACACUUCAUCUUACAUCAUUUGCAGAAAUAAAGUAUUUCAUAUU